AUGGUUUUCAAGAGGGCCAAUGGACUUGCUAUUCUGUUCUACUGCUUAUUUCUGGCAACCUCCAGUGGAAAAGAAGAAUUUCAAAGUCCCGCUUGGAGUGGCUACUACCAGGACAAUGGCACCCACUACAUUUUAUACGAGAAACCAAAGGCGACUCGGCCGAGUUAUCUCAACAGGAAUAUAUCAACUAAUCCCGCGAUCAAUGCCCUCGAAUCCCUGGACUACUUGCCUACCAGGAUUGUGAACGGAGAGAAGAUCAGCAUCCGGCAGGCUCCCUAUCAGUGUGCACUUCAUUACCAGAACAGCUUCAUAUGCGGGUGCGUCAUCAUAAGUAGACGUUGGAUUCUCACGGCCCAGCACUGCAAAAUAGGCAGGCCUGGAAGCUACACUGUUCGAGCUGGCUCCACCCAGCAGAGGCGCGGCGGUGAAGUACGCCAGGUCCAGAAGAUCUUCUCCCACGGCGGAUACAGUGAACGCACCAUGAGGAACGAUCUAGUAAUGAUGAAGCUAAAGUAUCCCCUCAAGUUCCGAAAGGGGGUGCAGCCCGUGAAGCUGCCCAGUCCCAAAAUUAGGAGAUUUCCGAGGUGCUACUGGGUCACCGGAUGGGGUCUCACCUCGGCUAAUGCCCAAAAUGUCCAGCGUUACUUACGGAGAGCACGAGUGUGCAUGGUAGGGCGAUCCAAGUGCCGAAUAAUGUACCGGAAAGCGGGUAUAAAGAUCUACAGAGUUAUGAUCUGUGCCAAGGGAAAGAAUAAAGACACCUGCUCCGGAGAUUCAGGGGGGCCAUUAGUCCACAAUGGAAUCCUCUAUGGAAUAACAUCCUUUGGAAUCGGUUGCGCCAAUGCCAACUAUCCGGGUGUCUAUGUCAAUAUAAAAACAAAAGUGAGGUGGAUGAAAAAAGUUGUGAGCAAGUAUUAA